UGCAAAUUGAUAGAUACUCAUAGAAAGAACAUAAUUUCUAUUAAAUCCCAACACGAGAUUUGUCCAUUUUUAAUUGUACAUUCCACAUACUGACGCUAUGGUUAAAGAUACAAAGUUCUAUGACCUCUUAGGAGUUGGUCCAUCUGCUUCUGAUACCGAAUUAAAAAAGGCUUACAGAAAGGCUGCAUUAAAAUACCACCCAGAUAAAAACCCAUCUCCAGAAGCCGCUGAAAAAUUCAAGGACGUUUCAAGGGCCUACGAAGUUUUGUCAGAUGACCAAAAGAGAGACGUCUAUGACCAAUACGGUGAAGAAGGUUUGAGUGGAGCUGGAGGCCCAGGUGGAAUGGGAGGUAUGGGCGCUGAUGACAUAUUCUCUCAAUUCUUUGGUGGCGGUUUUGGCGGCAUGGGAGGCGCUUCAAGAGGCCCUGCUAGAGGUAAGGACAUCAAGCACUCCAUUGGUUGCACUUUGGAAGAACUUUAUAAAGGUAGAACUGCCAAAUUGGCCUUGAACAAGACAAUUUUAUGUAAGUCCUGUGAAGGUAGAGGUGGUAAAGAAGGUAAGGUCAAACAGUGUUCUUCUUGUCAUGGUCAAGGUAUCAAGUUAGUCACCAGACAAAUGGGUCCAAUGAUUCAAAGAUUCCAAACCACUUGUGAGGUUUGUCAAGGUACAGGUGAUAUUUGUGAUGCUAAGGACCGUUGUAACGUUUGUAAGGGUAAGAAGACUCAAAGUGAGCGUAAGAUCUUACAAGUCCACAUUGAUCCAGGUAUGAAGGAUGGCCAAAGAGUUGUUUUCAGCGGUGAAGGUGAUCAAGAACCAGGUGUGACUCCUGGUGAUGUUAUAUUUGUGGUUGAUGAAAAGCCCCACGAGAAAUUCAACAGAAAGGGUAACGAUUUAUAUUACGAAGCAGAGGUUGAUUUAUUGACAGCUUUAGCGGGUGGUGAUUUCGGUUUCCAGCACGUUUCCGGAGAGUUUGUCAAGCUUUCCAUCUUACCGGGUGAAGUGAUUGCCCCUGGUGCCACCAAAGUUGUCGAGAACCAAGGUAUGCCCAUUUACAGACAUGGUGGUAGAGGCCAUCUUUUCAUUAAGUUCUCGGUUAAAUUCCCUGCCAACCACUUUGCUUCUGAAGAAAAGUUGAAGGAAUUAGAGACCAUCUUACCCCCUAGAACCAAGAUUGUGGUUCCAAAGGGUGUUGAAGUCGAUGAAUGUGACUUGGUGGACGUGGACCCAUACAGACACCAGACUGCUGCCAGACGUGAUGCUUAUGACACCGAUGAAGAAGAAGGUGCUGCUGGUAGCGGAGUCCAAUGUCAAUCUCAAUGAUUUUAUUAAUUAGCUCUUCUAGUAUUUAUUAGGUCCUGCCCAUUUAAGGUAAUUCAUAAUACGUAUAUGUCAUCUAUUUCUAU